CCGUAAUGAUAUCGCCAUAACGUUUAGAAGAAUGUUAACGCUAUAUAUGCUUGUUUGGCAUUACCUUUUCGUUGUCGCUUUCGUGUAAAGUGGCUGUCAUAACUGGACCGAACUCGAGUGAAGAGCAGCAGCGUCAGUGGACGGAAGCGCUGCCUGUGAGCGUGAGUGAGUAGCUAGCGGUUUGACGUGUUGUCAAUUAGUUUUUUUUUCUUCGCACAAAAGGGAUUAUUGACUGGGUACUUCCAAAAUCGACCACAUAGUCACUUCAAUUGUAACUAUGUAUGGAUGUGGAUAUGGGAAUUAAAGUCUUUUUUCAGCCAUUAUCAUUUCUGUAAAACUGUAACCAGACACCAUCCGUCCUAUUUCGAUCAUUCGGCUCGCACAGACGUAGUUUAAUAUUUUGUUGAGCAUUGUGGGUAAUGUAGUUUCAGCUUCAAAACUAUUGCAGUUUUUUUGGUGACACCCAGGACUUCAAUCCCCAGCUAUGCCAGUUGUGCCAGCAGCCUCCAGUGAAGGCCAUGCACUCCACUACCAGACGGUGGCAGAAAUUCUCAAAAACGUUGCUUCCCAAACAAACGUUUGAAGAAGAAGAAAGUUGCAUUGGCUAUAAGGAAGUCGUGUCAAAAAGCAACAUGUCGGGCUAGUUUUACUACUGAAAAGCAAGUAUUAACUCUUUAUUUAAAACCUGUAUGCGUAGUAAGCAAAAAUCAAGCUGUCUUCUGAUACUCUUGCAAUGAAAAAAAAUGUUCAUAUUUAAACGUGCGCCAUUCGCCGGAGGUUUUCGGAUGCUUCAGUACACCUCCCUCACUUUCGGCUUUUGCAUAGCCUGUCAUCGCUCCAGCUCCCGCAGGGGGGCGAGUCCGUACAACUCAGUGGACAGUGAGCGCUACUCGUCUCUUGUAAAGUCUGUCAUGUCUUCUCGGGUCAGUUCUCAAACGCCCGAGACCAUUCAAGCUGAGGAUGAGCACAUGUUUGGACCAGUUGUCAAAGUUCAGACUACGUCGAGACAAGCGACGAGGCUCCCUAAAGUCAUGUAUCCCUUCUCACAUUGCGAGGACACUCCAGAAACAGAGGAUCUUGAGUCAGGACCUCCAGUCCGGAUUGUAUUAAACCGGGACCGAGAUCGGUCGUCCAUACCGAGUGUGACCAGGGUUCUUCAGGCGACACUUUCACCAGAGCAGCUCUUCUUUCUGGAGAGAUGGAAGAGAAAGAUGGUUGCAGAACUGGGGGAGGAAGGUUUCAAAGACUACACCAAAAAUUUGUUUAGGCAAGGGAAACUUUUCCAUUCAGCCCUGGAGGAAGUUCUGAUGUCAUUUGCAACAAGGGAAGACGAUCAGCAUGCACCCGAUGUGCUGGGAUACAUGAAGAGCAUCGCUUACAUUCUGGAAGAUGUAAGCGCUGCAAGAGCUAUCGAGAGCAGUGUGCGGCAUGACGCUCUCAAUUAUUUGGGCAUCGUGGACUGCGUGGCCCGCUACAGAGGUGUUCUGUGUAUUAUUGACUGGAAGACUUCAGAAAAACGUAAACCGUUCCUGAGCAACACGUACGACAACCCAAUUCAGGUGGCGGCCUACGCUGGAGCUUUGAACGGUGAUGACAGAUACAAAUACCAGGUGGAGAACGGCCUCAUUGUUGUUGCUUACAAAGAUGGCUCACCCGCUCACGCACACCAACUGAAUCAUGAGCUGAUGUUGGAGUAUUGGGAAAAGUGGCUGAUUCGCUUGGAAGAGUUCCGAGAACAGAGAUCCAGUGAAAGGUGAACAGCACAACAAAUUUCCUUGAUACUUCCAAGAUGUGAGAAAGUUGGGAAAAAUCAUCACCAGCAAUCAUGAUAACCAUUUUAGUUAAUACAACCUAUAUUCUCUACACUAAAAAUCAAUCUAUAGUGGAACCUCAAUUUACAAACUACCCAGUUUUCCCAACCAAUUCGGGUGAUGAACAAUUUUUUAUAAGAAAAUUACCUCAGGUUUUAUACUAUUUUUGGUGUACCAACAUCAGUCUUGGCAUGGCCACAGAAGGCUCAGAAAAUGUGUGCUUUUUCUCGGGCCGCAUAAACAUCACUGGCUCUGUGCUUCAGGUAUCUUUGUUUUCUGCCUAAAUGGCCGCCACAUCCCACAAUGCAAUACCCUCACAGUCACACCUAAGGGCAGUCUUCAGCCCACCUACACUAUAUUGCUCACCUGUAUUUGCUCACCUGCCUUGACUAAAAUAUGAAUUUAAGUGAUAUCCCAUUCUUAAUCCAUAGGGUUUAAUAUGACAUCAGUCCACCCUUUGCAGUUAUAACUGAAGUCUUGUGGGAAGGCUUUCAACAAGAAGAGCUCUAUCUUUGUCUCAUCAGACCAGAACCCCUUCUUUUUCAUGGUCUUGAGAGUCCUUCAGGUGCCUUUUGGCAAACUCCAGGCAGGCUUCUAUGUGCCUUUUACUAAGGAGUGGCUUUCGUCUGGCCACUCUAUGGUCGUCCUUCUGGAAGCUUCUCCUCUCUCCACAGAGGAACGCUGGAGCUCUGACAGAGUGACCAUCGGAUUCUUGGUCACCUCCCUGACUAAGGUGCUUCUCCCCCCGAUUGCUCAGUUUAGAGGGGCGGCCAGCUCUAGGAAGAGUCCUGGUGGUUCGGAACUUCUUCCAUUUACGGAUGAUGGAGGCCACUGUGCUCAUUGGAACUUUCAAAGCGGCAGAAAUUUUUCUGUACCCUUUCCCAGAUUUGUGUCUCGAGACAAUCCUGUCUCAGAGGUCUACAGACAAUUCCUUUGACUUCAUGCUUGGUUUGUGCUCUGACAUGCACUGUCACCUGUGGGACCUUAUAUAUACAGGUGUGUGACUUUCCAAGUCAUGUCCAGUCAACUGAAUUUACCACAGGUGGACUCCAAUUAAGCUUUAGGAACCUCUCAAUGAUGAUCAGUGGAAACAUGAUGCACAUGAGCUCAAUUUUGAGCUCUGUGGCAGAGUCUGUGAAUACUUGUGAUUUGUUAGUUUGUUUUAUUUUUAAUAAAUUUACAAACUUUUAAAAAAACAAAACUUUUUUUAACGUCAUUAUGGGGUGAUUUGUGUAGAGUUGACAAAUGAAUUCAUUCCAAUUUGGAAUGGGGCUGUAACAUAAGAAAAUGUGAAAAAAGUGAAGCACUGUGGAUACUUUGCGGAUGCACUGUAUGUUGAAGCAAUCAGAGGUCCUUUAACUGGAGCUCAGGAGCUAACAUUUUGGACAUUUCCAACUUUGUAGGAACAGUUUGGAAUGGCCCUUUCCUGUUACAACAUGACUAUGCAUCAGUGCACAAAUCAAGGUUGAUAAAGACACACAUGAGAGAAUUUGAUGUGGAUCAACUUGACUGGGCUGCACAAUCCUGACCUCAACCCUAUAGAAAACUUUUGGAUGAAUUAGAGCGUAAACCAAGAGCCAAGCCUUCUUGGCCAACAUCCGUGUGUAACCUCACAAAUUUGCUCCUGGAAAAAUGGUCAUAAAUUCUCAUAAACUCACUCCUAACCCUUGAUGAAAGCCUUCCCACGAGAAUUUUAAGAUGUUACAGCUGCAAAGGACCUAUGUCAUAUUAAAACCUAUGGAUUAAGAAUGGGAUGUCGCUUCAAUUCAUAUGUGAGUCAAGGCAGGUGAGAAAAUACUUUUGGCGAUACAGUGAACCAAACAUGUUUUUGGUAUGUGGGAGGAAGCCAGAGUAUCUGGAGAAAACCCACGCAAGCACGGGGAGAAUGACACACAGACCGGAGCCUAAAUUCAAACUCAGAUCAUUUAAAACUGUGAGGCAGACGUGCUAACCACUUCUCACUGUGUGGUAAUAAUUAUGUUGUUAAUAAAUAGAUAUUUAUUGUUGCUAUAUAUUUUUUUUAAUAAAAAAAAAAAGGCUUGUGGUUUAACUAUGCUGAAUAAUUGCACAGCCGAGACCAACAACAGACUAAAAAAAA